CGCGGGAACUCGUUCCCGCCGCUCAUUUUGUCUCUCCUCUCAUGUCGCACUCUUGACUUUUCCCACUUCGUUCUUUCACAUAUACGUCGGUAGGCAAAAGCAGCUCGCUGUCGACACUGUUUCUUAACGCUGAGGAGGCGUCGGCACGGUAACUGCGCGUCCGUCUUCCGAGCGAUCCGCGCAAUCUUGUGGAGUGAGUUAAACCGACGCUAACUUCAGCUCGCGUUGUUUUUCGCUCCCCAGAUACCGACAAACAGAAUUUGUGCCUUCUACAUUUUCUCUUCUAACUCGAACGUCCUCGAUUCCAUUCGUUUGCAAAGUAUAUCGUGGUUGGCUUCUCCGUCCACUUCACUUUUGGAGGGAAUAUCCGGAACGCAUUUCGCAUUUAUUCUAGCUGCUUGAAGGCCUUUCCCGGCAGGUACGAAAGAAUAUGGCGAAGUUGUUCACUGGAAUGGGACGAGCCACAGGACUCCCUGCAGGUUUCCGCAUUCACACCGGCUUCGUGCUCACGGUCCUUAAUGUCUUCGUUGGUCGUGCUUCUGCUGCCUCUUCAUCCAGCUCAGCAGAGCCUUCGAACCCUACCGCACCAAAUUUUAUGGAUGACGUCACUUGGUUAACUGCUUACCUCUGGAUUCACUCGCUUUCGAAGAACAGCUAUGUGUACAUGUACAUCCUGUGGUUUACUGUUGGCGUUGUUUUCUUUCUGCUUUCCUGGGCGACAUGGUCUGGGGUGCGCGUCACUGCAAUCGGCGCGUGGUGGUCGAAAUGGGCACUUCGACGGAGGACGUGGAGGAAGAAGCAUACACUCCAGAAGAUGGAAGCAGAGGCAAAGAGACUUGGUGUUCCGGUCUCAGCUCUGCAUCGUCAACCUCGGUCGCUUCCAAGUAAUGCACAGAUACUUUCCGCUGUGGCAUUAAUUGUUCUUACUGUCGUUCUGUGCUUCGUUGGCCCCGAUUAUAUCAAUCCCGAUCUCAAUUUAUUCCAAUUCUCUUCUUCCUCCUCUAUGAAGAAGCGAGCUCAACAACAAAUUAACGACUCGACGUUAUUUAACUUCAUUGCACACUACGAUAUAGCCAAAUCUUGGUGGACUAUGGCGGCACGUUUCGGCGGGAUGGCGUUUGCGCUCUACCCACUUGUGAUCGUGCUGGCACUGAAGGCGCCACCCUUCGCACUCUUCGGGAUCCCUGGUCUCGUGGCGUACGGGCAUGACAAGAUGAUCCGCCUGCAUCGUUAUGUGGGUAGAUUAGUGUGGUUUGUCACAAUUCUGCAUGUCAUUUUCUGGGUUGUGCAGACGUUGAAGGAUCGGAGAGUGAUGACGGGGAAGUUGGUUAUCGCAUAUGUCUGGCAGUACCAGAAGUUUCGCUUCGCUUGGGUGGCUUUCAUCUCGAUGACGAUCCUAAUGAUCUUCUCCCUUGAUUGCAUCCGGAAUCCGCACUACGAGCUUUUCUACUUCGUACACAUCGUCUUCACACCUAUGACUAUCGUGUUUUCUGCUUUGCACCACCCUGCUCGUGGGGUAUGGGGUUGGUGCGCUGCUGCUCUCGCUUUGUGGGUUGGCGAGCGUUUUUGGCGGCUGUGUUGGUGGGUGUAUGUCAAUGGUAUAUUCCAGGUCAGCAAUGGAUCGAACCAGAAGGGUGGAAGGUCGACAAGAAGGAUGGGGAGCUUGAGGCCGUAUACAUAUCAGUCUCCGUCGGAGAAGGAAGGUAACGUUGUACAUCGGCCAGCACCCUCGCGAGGCAGUGCUGCAACACUCAUAAAUCCUUCAGGGCCUCUUGAGAUGAGGAAAGAGCAGGAUGAGGAACAAUGGGAAAUGAAUGCAUUACCACUUCGAGCACCUGCGCCUCGUCGGCCAACAAAUGGAACUGAAAUGGAUCCCUAUGAAGGAUCGGAUUCCUAUAGUAGGCCUGCUUCAACUGCUUCGGCGUCGACUGCAAGCAUAUAUACGGACACGCACGCUGACGACCCAACACCUACACCUGGAGAGUUGGUCGAACUUGCGCGAGUGCAGACAAACAGCUCAUCAGGUGGAAACGCGCGGCGGAUGCCUUUGCAGAUUGAAACGGGCACCCCAGUACCAACACCGAUAUAUCCUCCUGCAGCCCUUUCGAAACAUGGCUCUGCUCAGUCACCCGGAGCAGGUCCAGGUCCAAAGACUAGCGCGCGUCACUUGGCCGCUUCUCAUAACUCGGCUCUAAGUCAUCGUUUUCAUCCUCAACCACCCUCGAAGAUAUCUCACCAGAGCAGAUAUGCACCUCCUCCCGGAUUUGCACUCGCGACACUCCUACCCGGUCGCACAAUACGCUUGAGAUUGGUAACACCUGGAUACCAGACUUGGGCACCCGGCCAACAUUUUCUGGUUGGCAUUCCAGCCGUGUCACGGUUUACAACGCAUCCAUUCUCUGUUGCGAGUGUGUGUGACGAGCAGGCAGCUCUGCACGUAGGCCCUGAUGCAUUAGAUGACGAAGCCGGAGACAAGGGAAAGCAACUUGUACAAACAGAAUCGGGUCGCGAGCUCGUAUUGAUUGUGCGAGCUAAGAAGGGCUGGACAAAACGUCUCUGGGAUCUUGUUUCCUCUCUACAAUCCCAAGGUCUUGUUUCUCCACCCGGAGAAUCUCUACCUCCAGAUUCCCGGCCUCCACAGGACACAGGUGUUGUCCUUCGUGCGCUUGUCGACGGCCCAUUUGGUUCUGCGGGACGAACACGCUGGGGUCGCUAUGCGAGUGUUCUCAUCGUCGCUGGUGGUUCGGGUGUGAGCUUUGGUUUGAGUAUAUUGGAAUAUAUAUGCUUGUGCAUCGCAGGGCGCGAUGGGAGGUUUCUGGGCGGUCAUCCUGGUGGAUGGGGUGUUGGGAAAACGGGCUCGUGGAUCACGCAGCGUGUGAGGUUCGUUUGGCUCGUUAGAGAGUAUGCUCACAUACAGUGGGUAGUGGGCUCGCUCAGACGUUGCCUUACAACCAUCCCAACGGACGCUCUUGAGCUUAAUAUUUUCGUGACUAACUUCCGACCGCCGCAAGGACUUCUUACUUCUCCAACAAGUCAUUUUGGCGGAGGCAGCGUAGAUGGACACGACGAUGUUACAGAUGAUGGACUGCUUAAACCACCGGCACCACGCUUUCUUAGUGGCGGAGCGGGAGGAGGCAGGAACGUCAGCGAUGGACAGCGUGCCUCAAUAUCUUCGGACGAUUCGUAUGCGUCAGAUAUCUCAGUCGAUAGUAUCGUUGACUCGUAUUUCGAUGCUGAUACUGGAAACGGAAAGCAUGACGGUGAAGCAGCGGAUAGCGUUGGCGAACUGGGACACGAGACGCACAUGUUAGACUACACGAAUUUCGAUGGCGAUGACGACACACCGUUGCCAGGCGAAAAUCGGCUUUCCAGACGAAUCAUUAAGGAAAGUAAGAUGCGUCGUGCACGAACGCGAAAGGCUCAGAAGGCUGCAAAGGCGAAGCAGGAACUGAACGAACGUGUUGCGAACGCACAGGCAAGGGCUGAAGCGAGAGGCGAACCAUAUGCUUAUGCGGGACAUACGAAGUCUCCAUCGGAGGAAACGUAUGCAUCGGGAUCAUCAUCAAAGCGACUGUCGUCGCAAUCUACUGCUCCACUCCUUCCUUACGCUUCUUCAAGUGCGUAUCACGACACUCACGGACAGGAUAUUUCACCCGUCUCCCCCGCUACGUCGAUGUAUUCCGCAUUCUCUGCGUUCUCUGCAUUUGAUCGGCACGCAUAUCCUCAGGCUCAUCCUCGUCCACGCACUCCGCCAUCCUCCUUUAGCGUGUUCGGUCUUCCUGGAGCCAGCUCAAACGAGGAUUCUCCCAAAUCAGCGCGUCGCAUCUCUACCCAAUCGACAUCCACAAUCAAAUCAACAGUACAAUCGUCGAUGCCGUCGCUUACACCGACUGCUGCGACACCUGGUGGUGUGCGAUGGCUGGAUCCUUCGAGUCCUGGUGGGCUAGACUCGAAAGCGGGACUUGAAUCAGGGUCUGGACUUGCACUCGAUCCUCAAGAAGUGCGAGACUUGCAGGUCGUAUCUGAGUGGGCACGUCCUGGUAAGCCUAAACUUGGUCGAAUUCUUGCCGAUGAAGUCGAAGCAUCCAAGGGCCGAAUUGCUGUUGCCUGCUGCGGACCUACUUCGCUCAAUGCCCUCAUGCGAAAGCUGGUCGCCGAGCAGAUCAGCCCAGGUCGUGUUGCACGGGGCGAUUUGCGCGGAUCCAUUGACUUCAUCACAGAAGACUUCGAGUAUUAAACCUUUUACACUGCUCCUUAGAACACACAUAUUUUCUUCUCAUUGCAAGCUACGUACAGUAAAUACAAACGGACUCCGGAUUCUUUGUUCUAAAUAUACCCUACCCUACAUGCGAUCUUGAUGGUACAAUACAGUAGUGUUAUGUACCAAGCUUCAGCUUUCCUUACAGUUAUCUUGCGCAUUUCGAUUUUUCUUACAGCUUACUAUCUCAAUAGCUUCAAAUCCGUUCACUUGAAUGUAGCAUAUGCUCUACGCACACGGUACUCGUUCGUUCCGUUUUUGCUUUGUCUCUAGACAUUCCUGUAAGCAUUUGUGUCAGCAGCUUUUGAAGUUUUGUUACCU